AUGUCCACAUCACGACAAUUUCGCCUCAGUGAUGACUAUUGCACACGAAACCUCAGCCACGUCCAGCCGUCGCCGACGCCCAACCUUGGCAUGUGCAACCGCGAAGUCCCCUGCAACCAAUGUGUCCGCUCCAAGUCCGAGUACUGCGUCUACAUACAGAUCGACGACGACGAAUGCUCUGUGCAACGUCAUUUGAAGCGCAAACGGACCAAUGCUGAACAUAUCCACCAAUUCUCAAGACGAGAGAAGGAGGACUCGCAUACCUACAGUGAAGAUGUGCCGUCAUCCGAAGGCGUGAGCCCAGUCUUUCGAACCGGCUUUGAACCCCCAAGACCCGACUCGGCAGUAUCAACACCUACCGAGAUCACGCAUAAGGGUAUUUGCUCAAAUGGCAGCUCAUCAAGUGAGGACGGCUCAGGAUUCCUUCCGAUCCGCGGCAUAUUUUUGGAUUCUCGCUUCUUUGGACCAAGCCACUGGAUAAACAGCGCUGUUCACUUUCGUAAAGUUCAUACAUUACAGCGUGCUGUCGAGCAAGAGCCCGGAGGAAAUCUGUACAGGCAAUGCAGGGAACUGGCGGAAACAAGACGAUCACAAAAUUCGAUCCCGCAACUGCUGGUCACCAAUCUGAAAGAUCUGAUUCCUCCUCAAGCCAUCACCGAUCAACUUAUUCAAGCAUAUUUGCGGACCUUCGAGUCAGUGUUACGCGUGUUACACGUUCCAUUGUUUCUUCACGAAUGCCAAGGUUUCUGGGAGAGACCACUGGCCUCCUCGGAGGACUUCCAGCUUCAAUUACUCCUAGUGAUAUCGAUUGGGGCGUUAUUCUCGCCCAAGCUGAGAGACAGCUGUAACGAGUCGGUCUGGAUCCAUGCUGCAGAGUCCAGAUUGUUGUCCAAUGGUGGGGACCGCUGGACCGGACUCACUGGUGUGCAGAACUUAUGCCUUCUCAUGAUUGCCCGGCUUGUCAGUCCUUACCACUCGGGUGCUGAUUUGGUCGGCUUGUCGGUGGAAAGUCUGAUGCGGGCAGCGAUGCGGAUCGGCCUACAUAUAAGUCCGAAGAUGUUGCCACAGAUGAGUUUCUACGAGCAGGAGCUUCGUAGACGGCUAUGGGCCACUGUGCUUGAGAUCUCGCUGCAGUUCAGCAUCGAGGUCGGGGCAGUGCCACUGAUUCCGAUGGAUGGCGUCGACUUUGAGCUUCCUCUGAAUGUACCGGACGAAAGUUUCGAUCAAAAUACGGAGACAGAGCCGACGUCAAAGCCGCUAGAUGACCUAAGUCACACAUCCAUUCAGAUAUUUCUCAUGGAGUCCUUCCCGGUGCGCCUCGAGAUUGCAAGGAUGGUGAAUUGCCCUCGGCGUGAGAUCCCUUACCAGCGACUUCUACAGCUGAGCUCGCGAUUAAGCGCUCACUGUAGAUCAACGCAGGCACGACUCAAUGUUGGCAACAACAAGGCACAAUCACAGAAAUUCCCGGUGCGGCUUUUAAACAUGUUUAUGUAUCGCUACCUGCUAGCGUUACACGUUCCAUUUGCACUCAAGGCUAGUACGGAUCCAACGCUAUACUUCUCGCGGAAGGUCAGCUUGGAAGUGGCGCUUUCCUUACUGGAUCAUCCAACGGGUCCGGACGAAGAUGAUUAUGUACGUGCCAUGAUUAUCGGCUCGGGCGUCAUGUCUAGCUCCUUGAAUUUGGCUAUUCUCGUCGUCUCCGCAGAGCUUUUGGACAUGCUAGAAAACGAGAUGUCGGCUCUCACACCCAUAUCCAAUGCCAUGAAUCGACAACCACUUCGCAAGAUCUUGGAUGAAAACAUACAAUUGAUCUCACGACGCAUAUCGCAAGGCCAGCCCGACAUUCAGGUGUCGAUGCUGUUUGCCGGGCUGACAGCACAAAUCGACGCAGCUCAAGCAGGACAACCCACAGACGAUGCCAUUAUUGACGCCUUCCACAGGUGUUUGUCGGAGAACUUCAAUACCUUGAAAACGCGCAUGCAUGAUCAUCAGGUACUCGAUCCGAUCCUGGAGUCGCCCACUGGGUGCUUUGACCUGCUAAAUACUGCGUGGGAUUCAGGCCCCCUGCCAGAAUGGAUGCUGCCUGAGGGGACAUGA